AUGCAAUUCACAGUACUGACACCAUUGGGAGAAUCUUUCAAUUCUCACUCCAACACUCUGGAUGAAUUGACUCGUGAAAUUGAAAGUAGACUUGCUUAUCAUGUGAAAAAUCAAAAUCUCGUCGUUCUUUCUUCAGCAAGAAGCAAUCCUGAUUCGUCUUUACUCAGAAACAGAAGACAACAUAGUCUUGCUGCUGCAACGACAGAUGUGGUCACUAAUGCACAAGAUGAUGGCAUUCAAACGAUCAACAACCAUCCACCCAAUGAGGCAACUGUCACCACUCAAGUCAUUUUGAAUCCUACUUGGUAUCCUUGCUUUAUGGAGGCUUACUUUUCUCUUGUGGGUUCCGUUGUUAAGAUUAUCUAUCUCAACAUGAAACAAAGAGGGACUACAAAUUCUCUUUUUCGCAAAUUGAUGGCUCUUGCUGAAAUGCCAGCUGUCAUAUGGAUGACUCGCAAGAUUUUACUUCCCAUACUUUCCAGCAUUUUGGUCCUUCUCAUUGGAAGUUGCAUCAUGGGCAUUUGUGCUCAAAUCUCAAUUACUCUUCCUCCUUCCGUCAGCACUGUUCCAAUCACUGGUCAAACUUUUGCAGUUUUAUGGCUUGGCUCCUUAACUGGUUUCAUUCUCGCUCCACUGUCUGUCAUGUUAUAUCUCUUUUGUGGAAGUGUGUUACAAAUUCCAUGGUUUUCGAAUCAGAGUUCUGGAGUACAAGUAUUGUUUGAAUCUUCUUCGAGUGGUUUUUUAAUUGGAUUUGUAUUCAGUGCUUUGGUUUGUGGAUUUUGUUGUUCUCGUUUGGCAUCUGACAGAACUAUCUUGAUGAAUCUUUUAAUGUUGGCUCUCUCCAAUUGUGUGACCUUUGUCUUUGGAUGUUUAUGGCUUGCGUAUGGAACUCCAAAUCUUGGUCUCUCAGUAAGUAUCAAGAAGGGUCUCGUUCCAUUCCUUCCUGGAGAAAUUGUGAAAAUUGUGUUGGUCCUUGUCAUGGUUCGACUGUCAUGGUAUGUGUUAUAUUUUGUUAGAGGAAAGGUGUUGAAAAUUCUAGAAGAGAAGGAGAGUGAAGUGAGUUCAACGUUGAGUAGUGAGAGAGAAAUAAUGACACCUGUUCAAGUUUCGAAUAGGAAUAGUGGUACUCGUGAAGAUGUAGUACAGGAAGAGGACGAUGAUGAAGAUAAUCGAUGUGUGUCCACUUCAUCGUCCAUCUCACAUGUUUAA